CAGAUUGUUUGUUGUUUUGUUUAAAAUGGAGUCACCUGAAUUGAAGUAUAGUCACGUGAUGAGGAGCUUGGUCAGUGGGGGAGUGGCGGGACUAGUCACGGAUGUGGUCCUAUUCCCCGUGGACACUAUCAAGACCAGAUUACAGUCACAGCAGGGUUUUGUGAAGUCCGGUGGCUUGCGUGCAAUCUACUCUGGAUUGGCUGUGGUGUCUGCCGGAUCAGUGCCAGGAGCUGCUUUGUUCUUCCUCACAUACGACACUUGUAAAAGACAUCUUUCUUCACAUGAAUCUCCCCUAUCAACUCUUCUAAGCGGACAGAUUGUAAGUGCAGCUUGUGGUGAAACUGUUGCGUGUUUGGUUCGAGUGCCGGUGGAAGUGGUGAAACAGAAGACCCAAGUGGGACACUCCAGAUCCAGUCUUUUAUCUGCUGCACAGGUCUUCAAACAAUCCGGAAUCAAAGGGUUCUAUCGAGGCUUCCUGGCUACAGUAUGUCGUGAGAUCCCGUUCGCUGCCAUCCAGUUUCCCCUUUGGGAGGCCCUGAAACAAAAACUAGCGAAGAGCACAAAUAGUCUAGAAGUAACAACCUUCCAUUCUGCAAUAGCUGGCUUUGUGGCAGGAGGAUUCGCUGCUUACGUCACAACACCUCUUGACGUUAUUAAAACAAGAACUAUGUUAAAAUCUGGUUCUUUUCAAUCGCCAGUGAAUGUUGCUCUUAAACUGUUUAAAGAACAAAAUCCUAUCAAAGUAUUAUUUUCAGGAGCUGGACCAAGAACUUUUUGGAUUUCUGUUGGCGGGUUUUUGUUUCUUGGCUCUUAUCAAUUUGUUUCUAAUUCAGUUUUACAAACAUGA